AUGCAAACGGAUAGUUCGGUUAAUUCUGUUACUGGAUAUCCAGAGAUUGAGAAGACGAUUCGUUUGGGGUCUCAUGAAAUCAUCGAAUUUCUUGAUGAAGUUGUAGAGAAAAGGCUAAAAGGGGGGACCGAGGGACGAGGGGAGAGUCUGGACGGCAAUCGACAGAAGCAGGAAUCACUGAAUCAAAAAGGGCGAGAAGCUGAUAAUGGAGACGGGCCAGGCAAAGAAACAGGGUUGGGUUGGAAUCAUGAGACGGGAACCAUUGAAGCUGAUGCCACAUUGUGGGAAGCCAAAAUAAAAGUCAAUCCAACAUAUGCUAGAUUUCGGUAUCAAGGGUUAGAACAUGCUGAUGAAUUGGAAUUUAUAUUUGGGGAUACAGUAACCACUAGUCAAAAUGCAUGGACACUAGCGAUAGGUAUACCAAUUGAAGAUAAUAUCAGAUCUACAAAUCUAACUUCGUUACAAGACAAUGUUGAAUUUGAUGUUGAAGAAUUCAAUUGUGAUGAAGAUGACGGCCCUAUAGUAAACACUCAAAUGAAUAGGAAAAAAAUGAUGCUAGAAGAAAUGGAAAAAAAAGUGGCAAAAGGUAAGGCAAAAAUUGGGACUGCAGCAAGCUUGCAAAGAAUAUUGGAACGAUUGUGCGAGGUAGCAGAAAGUCAUAACACAAUUGAAAGUGCUGAAAUUUCAAUGUCAUCACAAGCCAUAGGACAAUAUAGUAUUCCAGAGUGUGUUCGAGCCAUGAAAUCUCUACAAAAUGAGGGAAGAUUGAGUGCAGAUGAAUUUAAUUUUGCACUAUAA